AUGAGUCAGCAAGAGAUUCUUCACACUCCAUGGCCAUUAAUCUAUGAACACAUGGACUCAUCAACCUUUGAUCAUCAUCAUCAUCAUCAGGUUAUUGAGCCGUAUAGCUUCACCAUGGUUGACCAUGUUGAUGACUAUGAUCCAUAUGGAAUCAUCAUGGAUGACCAUGUUGAUGUUGACUAUGUUCCAUAUGGCAUCAUCAUGGAUGACCAUGUUGAAUAUGAUUAUGAAUUCAAUACUCUAUUAAGCACUUCAGAGAAUAGCACUCUCUCUGAAAUCUCUAUAUUCACCAAUGAUCAUAUCCAAUUUCCAAUUGAUGAAGAAACUUUAGAACUUCCCUCUCUAAUGGAAUUAGAUUCCAUUUUGAGUCCCCAAACUGGUAAUAUUCAUGAACAAGAAUAUUACCAAGAAGAAAGUGAAGGGAGUUUCCCUUCACAAAAUUUUCCACAUAACCUCGAAGGGCAGAUUUCAAAUCCCCUCGGAGACAGUUGUAAAAUGGCUGCCAGUGCCACUUAUGAUCAUUUCCCUUCACAAAAUUCUCCCUGUGAUGCAUGGAGUCCAACACUUUCAAUGAAAUCAGAUUUUUCAUCAAUUCAACAAUCACUUACUUUGCCACAAGAAAAUAUGGAAAUUGAAAACCAAGUGAGUCUUCCACAUUUGAUGGAAGCACAUGGAGAGGCCUUGGAGAAAGGACAAAGAGCACUAGCAGAAGUUAAUUUGAAGUGUAUAAGCCAAAAAGUCACCACUCCUAUUGGUGACUCUCUUGAGACACUUGCAUUUUAUUUGGCUCAAGAAGUGACAAAUCAUGGAGAAUACCUCAAAGGCGAGGCAUACAAGAAUUUUCAGGCUGCCUUUAAGGUAUUUUAUCAAGGGAAUUUGGUUGGAAAAAUUGCUCAUUUUUCAGCUAUUUCAUCAAUUCUUGAAGCUGCUAUGUUAGAAGAUUGUGAUGAAAUUCACAUAAUUGAUUAUUGUUUGGGAAAUGGUGUUCAAUGGCCUUUUCUAUUGGAGGCUGUUUCAAAAAUGAACAAAAGAUUGAAAUUGACAUCAAUUAAAUGGAGUGAUGAAAAUUCUGAACGUGUUUGGAAUUUCGAGGAUACCAAAAGGGAACUUUAUGAGUAUGCUAAAUCAUGUGGUUUGAUACUGAAGGUAGAGGAAAAGGAAUUGGAACAAUUGAGUAGUGAGCUCAAAAUAAUGAACGAAACGGGUGGAAAGAAAGAGUUUUUGGCUUUCAAUUUGAUGACCGGUCUUCCUCAUAUGGGAAUGGUUAGAAGAAGAAGAAAACAUGCUUACGAGUUUUUAAAGGUAGCUGAGGAUUUGAUCAAGAACUAUGGUAUCAAGGGAAUUAUUACUUUUGGUGAUGGUGAUGCAUUUGAGAAACUGAAAAAUAGUUUGAAUUUCAUGUCAUUUUUUGAAGGGAAUUUGGUGCAUUAUAAGGCUUUGUUGGAAUCAAUUGAGUCACAAUUUUCAACAAAAUUCUCAGAAGCAAGAAUUGCAUGUGAAGUGUUGUUUGUGGCACCUUGUAUAUCUUCUCUUGAUUGGUUACAAACAUGGGAAGAGAUGAAAAGUGAUGGAUAUGUUAAAGAUGAGAUUAGCAUAGAUGGUGGAAGAUUGAGCAAAAAUGUUUUGAUGGAAGUCAGAGAAAUGUUGAGAGGAAGUGAUAGUUCAUAUCAAGCUAGAAUUGAAGGAGAAAAUGAGAAUCAACUUGUGUUGGAAUGGAAAGGAAGUCAACUAUUAAGAUUUUCUAUUUGGAAAAAUUAG